AUGUUGUUAGUACGAAGGGUGAAGAAUGCACUCCUGAAAUGUUUCCAUUGCAACCCGACAGUGAUGAGCAUCCUAAUUGCCCUCAUUAUAUUGUGGAUGAUUUUUGGCUCUGAACCUGAAUUUUUGGAGGUUACGGAUAACUUUUUGCCAUUUUCUAAGAUGGAUUUGGCCACGGGGAGGGACAGGCCAUUUCAUCCGAAUUGUGUAAAUACGCAGAAUUAUUUAUUGAAUUCAUCGUAUACCAAACAGAAUGCCUCGUUUGUCAUGCUAACGAGGAAUGAGGAGCUAAAAGAUGUUAUCAAGACCAUCCAUAGUAUAGAGGAGCAUUUCAAUCAGUGGUUCCAUUAUCCGUAUGUGUUUUUGAAUGACCAGCCGUUUGAAGAACAUUUCAAAGCAAAGGUACUCGAUGCUGCAAUGGGUGCUCAUGUAGAAUUUGGCACCAUCGAUGAAAUAUCUUGGAAUUUCCCCAGUAAUGUAAAGGAUUCUUUUGAGUUUCAUAACGCCAUUGAAAACCAAGGCGAUAGAAGCGUACUGUAUGGAAGCAUGGAAUCGUAUCAUAAGAUGUGUAGGUUUUAUUCGGGGUUAUUUUACAAGCACCCGCUAGUACAGAAAUUUGAAUGGUAUUGGAGAUUGGAGCCUGAUGUGGAGUUUUUUUGUGACAUCACAUAUGAUCCGUUUUGGGAGAUGUUCCAAAACGAUAAAAAAUAUGGCUUUACCAUCAUGAUUCCUGAGUUAUACUGGACGGUGCCGAAUCUGUUUAGGCACACCAAGAGCUUUAUCAGACAAGAGGGCGUCAAACUCAGGUCGUUGUGGAAGUUAUUUACGAAGGACUACGACAUCUUUGAAUCUGAUGAUGCAGACUUGCGGAAUUGGAUCAACUCUGGCGUCGAUGCCAGAGCCAAGGUUUCUGAGAAGAUUGCCAUUGAACAGUUAUUGAAAAAGGGUGCUGAAUCGCGAAGCAUAAAUGACGAUAAGGAAGGGAUAAUGAAUUUAAUCAAAAGGGCUCGAUCUAAGAAGCAUAUUGUAGAGGACAAGUUUUUCAAUGAAGAGUACAAUUUGUGUCAUUUUUGGAGUAAUUUUGAAAUUGCGCAACUAAGCGUUUUUGAUAACGACAUUUAUAACAGUUUUUUCCAAUAUUUGGAGAAAAGUGGCGGAUUUUGGAAAGAGAGAUGGGGAGACGCUCCCGUCCACUCCUUAGGACUAUCGUUAACUCUGGAUCUGGACGAUGUGCAUUACUUUAGAGACAUUGGAUAUAGGCAUUCAACAAUUCGGCAUUGCCCACGAAAUGCAGUGGGGAACGAGGAAGUCAAUUAUGCGGCCAGCGAUUCAAGGUUCGAACGUAAUAACAUAGUUUACGAUGAGGGGAGAGAUUAUGGAUGCGGUUGUAGGUGCAUUUGCCCCAAGAGCAAACGUGAAAUUGAGGAUUCCGUGGGAUUUUGCGUGAAUAUAUGGUUCAACUUGAUGAAACAACACAGGGGCCAAGAGCGUCAAGCUGAUGUGCUCAACGGAAACGAGAUGGAAAAAAGUAUCAGAGAAGACUACUUGAAACAGUUUGAAAACCAGUUUUUUUAG